CGGGGAGCCCGUAGCGAGGAAGUGGAGCGAAAGAGAGAGAAACCGCGCACAUCGGUGCGUUCGAGCUACUUUACUCAAGUGGUUACUGUUAAAUUAACGGUAAUGUGUGCCUUUCGUGCGCUUCGUUGUGAGUAAGAUUGAUAUUGUGACGCACGAUCGGUCGGUCUUGAGUCCGUGUGUAACGGGAUGAAAUAGAAGUUUAGAAUGAGGGCGUGACGUGUGUGGGUAACUAACUCACAGUCACUGGAUAUAAAUAAAAAACUGUGUGUGUGUGGAUGUGUGGGGGGGGGGUACUGCACUGUGACUGUGUCAUUCAUAGUCAAGACAGGUGUACUUCACGUGGGCUCUUCGACACGAACCAAACCUGUCCUCACGCUGUCUCUGUCUCAGUGUCUGUGUGUCACUGUUUGUGCUUCACCUCAGAACACACACACCCCCCCCCCGGGCUCCUGCCUCUCCCCCCCCAUGGCCCUGGUAUCGGCAGACAGCCAGAUUGCAGAAUACCUCACCGAGCUGCACCAGCUCAUUAAACAGACACAGGAGGAACGUUCUCGCAGUGAACACAACCUCCUCAACAUCCAGAAGACCCACGAAAGGAUGCAGACAGAGAACAAAACCUCUCCGUACUACAGAACCAAGUUACGCGGGCUGUACACCACGGCCAAAGCGGACGCAGAGGCAGAAUGCAGCAUCCUUCGUCACGCUCUGCAGAAGAUUGCAGAUAUCAAGAAACUUCUGGAAGAGAGGCGCAUUGCGGCAAAGAUGGCGGGGGUGUACAGCGACAGUGACCCCCCGAGGAAGACCAUGAGGAGAGGAGUGCUCAUGACGCUCCUUCAGCAGUCUGCCAUGACGCUGCCGCUGUGGAUCGGCAAACCGGGAGACAGCCCCCCUCCUCUGUGCGGAGCCAUCCCGGCCAGCAGCGACUACGUAGCCAAGCCAGGGGACAAGGUGGCUGCCAGGGUGAAGGCGAUGGACGGCGAUGAGCAGUGGAUCCUGGCGGAGGUGGUCAGCUACAACCACUCCACCAACAAGUACGAGGUGGACGACAUCGACGAGGAGGGAAAGGAGAGACACACGCUCAGCAGGAGGAGGAUUAUUCCGCUGCCGCAGUGGAAGGCCAACCCAGAAACGGACCCCGAGGCGCUGUUCAGCAAGGACCACCUGGUGCUGGCUCUGUACCCUCAGACCACCUGCUUCUACAGGGCUCUGAUCCACACCCCCCCACAGCGGCCCCAGGAUGACUAUUCGGUGCUGUUUGAGGACACAUCCUACGCCGAUGGGUACUCCCCUCCCCUCAACGUAGCUCAGAGGUAUGUGGUGGCCUGCAAGGAGAACAAGAAGAAGUGAAGAAUCCACCCAGGAAGCAAUGUGUGUAUCACGUGUUCAUGAGCUUCAAGUGACGGAGAACACUGGCAACGUUUCUGACCUCUUUGUGCAUCCUAGUGCGAGUAAUGUCGUGUCCUAAUGUGCAUCUGGGCUUUGUACCUUUGUCUUUGCAUAUUUUUUCUAUCAUGUUGUGUGUGUUAGUGUGUAAAACAGUGAAGUAAAACAGUGUUUUUGGCGA